UUACAGAGUUACGCUAGAGUUGCAUUUCGAAACAAGGCUUGAAGUAGAAGUGGAAGUUAAAGUAACGGAGAAGUGACAAAGAACCACUCUCACCGGCGGCGUAUACAUGACCGGAGAAGAAUUCUCGGGUCCUCCCGGACCCAAACUCAUGCGUCUCGUCUACUUCGUCGGCGCCGGAGUGGCUUGCACCGUUGCAAUCAACAAAUGGCGCGAGUUCGAAAGUAAGUCAAUCAUCCAACAACAGCAACAGAAGAAGCAGGGAGUCAAGGUAGUUGCAGAGAUCCCUAAUUCGUCGGAUUCUGUUGCUAUUCAUAAAGCUCUCAAAUAAGGAUGUCUUGGUGUGUUAUAAGGGCAUAAUAAUCCCCAAAGGGUUGGCUAAUGGAGCAUGGUAGAGUUUGUAUUCAAUACAUAUAUCACAAAAGAACACCUUCACUAGUCCAUUUGGCGCGAGGUUGAUGUUACUUAUUUUUUCGUAAGUGCUUCCUGGUCCUUUAGAUUUUCUCUAUUUUGUAGUGGAACAUAAUUUCCUCACACCCUAAUUCCUAAAUUUGUACUUAUAUAGGUAACAUUGUUGAUUGAAAAUAUAAGUUCAUGAUCAUUCUCA